CCAUGAUAAUCUUAAGUAUGGCAAUUUCGACAGUCUGGAAACAACACUGGUCAUUCAUUUUCCGAGAAGACAGAUCACAAAGUCUCACAUACAACCACCUCAAGAAUGCCAUGUGGAAAACUUUAUCUGAACGCAUAAUAGAUGACAGCAAAAAACACAAAAAAAACAGCAUAUGGAUACACAAAGGGAUAGUGGACUGGACGUCUCAGAACGUCCAUAUCACCUACCCAAGUAUACAUAUUGCUGAAUAAUACAUCUCAUUAGCAUCUGCUCCUUACAUUUCAGUGAAAAAUUUACCAAUGUCAUAAAUAAAG